AUGCGCGCGUUCAAAGAGGCAGCCGGCCAACCACGAUAUGACCCUUGGGAGCGAGCCGAGGCCUGGAGAUACACGGGGACGUUCUCCCGCUGGAACCGUUUCAAGAACGCCCUCCCCGGUUUUGGCACCGCGACAGUCGCCUUCGCCGGAUACUGCGUCUACGAGCAUUUCUUCAUGCAAGAGGAGCACCACGGCGAAGCCCACCAUUAG